AAAAACAUUAUAACAGUUGGUCAGUAACCAAUGGUGUACUUAUAUUACCCAACUGCUAGUAUUUUAAGUCAAAUAUGGAAAUUUCGCUUGAUAUUGAAUUUCACAGUUACAUCAAACUAGCAGAAAUGGCACGACCAAUUGCAUAUUUGACGCGCAAGGAAUCUAUAUCGUCUUGUCACCGUUUGCACAGUCCGCAUUUAAGCGACGAGGAGAACAAAGCGAUAUAUGGGAAGUGCAAUAACUUCUGGGGACAUGGACACAAUUACACUGUGGAGGUCACUGUUCGUGGUCCAGUUGAUUCCGCAGUACUCGUUGGUGUUCACGUUUAG